AUGAGUCAUAGGUCAGUCCACCCGGGGCGCGUGGGCGGCGCGAUGGCAGCGCGCUGUCGUCCCGCCGCGUGCCCGGCGCGGUCGCGUCCGCGGCCGGGGGGGUCGCGUCGGCGAGCGCCGGUGCCAUCGCCGGCGCCCCGGAGGCCGCCGGCGUCGCGCGGCGUCGCGCGCGCGACCGGCUCCGCCGCGAACGACGGCGACGGCGGGAAAGGGGAUCCCGCCGGCGCCUCCGCGAGCGAACGCGGCGGCGUGUGGAACGGCCUAGCCGGCGCGAGGCGGUUCGUGGACAAGAUGAAACUCACCAGGGCGUCGGCGGACGACGCGGACGCGGCGUCGGACGCGGCGGAGAGGAAGGCGAGGGCGCGAGCCGCGGCCGCGGACGGCGCGCGCGCGACCGGGGCGCAGAGCUUCGGUGACCCGUUGGGGGUUGCGAACGCUUGGGAGGGAUCCGAGGAGGACGACGACGCCGCGGACGCCGCGAGCGGCGCGAGCGACGACGAGAAGAGCUCCGCGGAGGCGCGCGUCGGGUCCGGCGCGAACGCGGGGAGCACGGCGAGCGACGGCGACGACGACGCGAUCGCCGCGGCGUCGUGGGGAGAAGAGGACGGCGCGAGGGAUGACGCGGACGAGGACGACGCGCGCGGCGAAGAAAAUCGACGCGACACGGCGGCGCGGUCCCGAUCCGGCGUCUGGUCCGCGGUCGUGAACAGCGCGGAGGUCAUCCUCCUCGCGACCGCGGGCGGCGUGAAAGCGACGCAGUUCCUCACGCAGCGCGCGGAGAUGUCGCGGGCGCGGAGGGCGCACGAGAAGAAGCUGAGGGCGCACGACAAGGCUGUGAAAAAAGCGAAAGAAAUCGCAGCGCAACGCGGGGGCGUCCCCGCGGUCCCCGUCCCGCCGCCGCCGCCGCCGACGCUCCCGGCGGCGACGCACGUCGGAUGGCUCGCGGACGGCGCCCUCCUCGGCGCGAUGGCGUUGGGGGUGAUCGUUCGAAGGGCGGGCGGCGGCGCGGGGGGAGAAGAGAAUCGCGCGCCGCCGCCGCUGCCCACCUACGGGUACGCGCAAGUCGACGCCGACACCCCCGCUGGCGCGGCGGCAGACGCGUCCAGCGCGGUCGGCGCGGUCGGCGCGGCGACGAGCUCGAACGACGAUCACCUGGACGACAUCUUGAAGCGCGUGAGAGCGCGCGCGGCGACCAUCGCGGACGACGUGAGGGCGUCCAAGGAGGAGGCGGAGGCGGCGGCGGCGCGACUCGACGCCGCGGCGGCGGCGACGGCGGAGCGGCGUCGGCUUCGCGCGCCGAGCGAGCCGUUCGAUCCGUUCCUGCCCAUGCCCGGCGCCGCCGAGGAUGGUGACGCGGCGACGAUGGAGGACGGGGAGGAGAAGCAGGCGGCGUUGGGGACGAGCUCGAUGACGAGCGUGGAGGCGCGAGCCGCUGAGGCGCUGGCGGAGAUGCACAGAAAAUCGCUCGAGAUGGCUGUCGCGGCGGAGCGCGCGGCGACGGAAGCGCGCGCGGAGGCGGACGAGGCGAAGCGCGGGCGGCUCGCGGACGUCGCGGAGGCGAACGCGCGCGCGGAGGCUGCGGAGCGCGCGGCCGUCGAAGCGCGCGCGCGCGCGGAGGAGGCGGAGGAGCAGUCGCGAAGGAUGCGCGAAAAGUUUUCUUCAGACGCGGAUCGCGCGAUGUCGUCCAUUCGGUACCUCGCGGCUCAGAGCGGCGCGUUCGCCGCCGACGCCGGGCCGGAACUCCGCGACGGCGAGUGGAGGAGCGUGAACGAGGUGACGUACCGCUCCACGAGCACGGGCCGGUCGCCCCCGGGGGUGGGUGGGUUUCCGGGGUCGUCGCGCGGCGGCGACGCGGAGGAGGGCUCGCCGCCGUACGAGCUCACCGCGGGGGACGACUCCAGGACGAUGGACGCGUGGACGAGCGGCGGGGCGGAGGAAGACGAGGAGACGAUCGCGCUGAAGCGGGAGAUCGAGGAGUUGAAGAGGAAAGCCGCGGAGGCGCGGUCGCGAAGGGAAGGGCUCGCGAGAGAGUUGGAAUAG